AUGGAACAGCGGAGCCGGCUCUGCGCCCUCGGAUACCUGCCGCCUCUGCUGCUGCUGCUGCCGCUGCACGCCCUGCUGCUCUUGGUCGCCGAUGCUACAUUCACCGAAGUCCCCAAAGAUGUGACAGUGAGGGAGGGAGACGACAUCGAAAUGCCCUGCGCGUUCCGGGCCAGCGGAGCCACUUCGUAUUCCCUGGAGAUUCAGUGGUGGUACCUCAAGGAGCCGCCCCGGGAGCUGCUGCACGAACUGGCGCUCAGCGUGCCGGGCGCCCGGAGCAAGGUAACAAAUAAGGAUGCAACUAAAAUCAGCACCGUGCGGGUCCAGGGCAAUGACAUCUCGCACCGCCUUCGGCUGUCGGCCGUGCGACUUCAGGACGAGGGUGUGUACGAGUGCCGCGUGUCGGACUACAGCGACGACGACACGCAGGAGCACAAAGCCCAGGCGCUGUUGCGCGUGCUCUCCCGCUUCGCGCCGCCCAACAUGCAGGCAGCGGAGGCCGUGUCCCACAUCCAGAGCAGCGGCCCGCGUCGCCACGGGUCCCCCGGUGCCGUCAACGCUAACCCCGCAGGCGCCACAGGGCGCACCACUUCCGAGCCUGGCAGCAGCAACAAGAACCCACCGCCCGGGAGCCCUCCUGCCGUCCCCGGACCCGGAGUCCCCGAGGCCGCCGCCUCUGUGGCCAACACAGCCACCACCACCACCGUCGCGGCUGCUGCAGCUGCUUCAUCAGCGUCGCCGCCACCCGGCCAAGCCGUCCUCCUGCGCCACUGGCACGGCUCGGGCACCGGCCACAGCUAUGCCACAGACACACUCCUCUCCCUGCUCCUGUUAGCCCUGCAUAGGCUCCUGCACCUGCUCUUGGGUCACUGA